CUAACCUCUCAGACUUUGACACAACGCACCGUCAACCUCUUCUCGAUAUAUGGCCGACGAUGCCGUUUUCUCCCCCGCCGACGAGGGCUUAUCGCCGAAUUCCGGCAUCGAAAUCACGGUAGGGGAAAGAUCUGGGAAUAGUGAAGAAUUGCUGGAUGAUGAUGGGGAGGAAGACUUUGAUAUCAAUACCAGUGACCUUGGAGAAGAAGACGAUCAAAUGCUUGAGGUCAAGAGCAAUGAUCUCGAGAACGACAUUCAACAAGUGCUAGAAAUUGAAAGAGUUGAUCUUGAGAAUGGCGAGGAGCAAGUGGUUGAAUACGAAACCAAUGACCAUGAGAGCAAUGGCGAGCGGGUGCUUGAAAUACCAAGCAGCAGUGGCCAAAUGGAUGGAAUCUCCAUCAGUGAUAAUGAGAUGAACAUAGCAGUUGGUCUGGGAAAUCGAGGUGACGCUCAGUCUUAUCCCCUGCCUGCUGUGGGAAUGGAGUUUGAAUCAUAUGAUGAUGCGUAUAACUAUUACAACUGCUACGCAAAGGAGCUUGGAUUCGGCAUUAGGGUCAAGUCGUCGUGGACAAAGCGCAAUAGCAAGGAGAAGCGUGGGGCUGUGCUCUGUUGCAAUUGUGAGGGUUUUAAGACAAUGAAAGAAACGAGCACUCGAAGAAAGGAAACAAGAACCGGGUGUCUAGCAAUGAUAAGGUUGAGGUUAGUUGAGAUGAACAGGUGGAGGUUGGAUGAAGUAAAGCUCGAGCACAACCAUUUAUUCGAUCAUCAAAGGGCCCAAACUUCCAGGUCACACAAGAAGAUGGAAACCGGGGCCAAAAGGAAGUUGGAGCCGGUUGUUGAUGUGGAAGUACAAACUAUCAAGUUGUACCGAACUCAAGCUGUUGAUUCGGUUAGUUAUGGAAGCUCAAUGGACCAAGAAGUCAGCUACCAUUUAGAGCCAUUUAAGUGCUUGAAGUUCGGGACCAGCAGUGAUCUUCUAGUGCUUCACGAUUAUUUUCGUCAGGCACAGCUUUCUGACCCAAACUUUUUCUAUAUUAUGGAUCUAAAUGAUGGCGGUUAUGUGAGGAAUGUCUUUUGGAUUGAUUCUAGGUCGAGGGCUGCCUAUGGUUAUUUUGGCGAUGUGGUAGUGAUCGACUCAACAUGCCUGUCGAAUAAGCACAAUAUUCCUCUAUGUUCAUUCAGCGGGUUGAAUCACCACGGCAAAACCGUGUUAUUCGGUUGCGGCUUUCUUGUUGAUGAAACCAUUGAGACGUACGUUUGGCUGAUGAGAGCAUGGCUUACGUGCAUGUCAGGACGACCACCGCAAACUAUAAUCACACAGCAAUGCCAGGCGUUGCGUAGUGCAGUAUCCGAGGUAUUCCCGAGAGCUCAUCACCGGCUUUGCUUAUCGCUUGUUAUGCAAAGCAUCCGAGAGAAGCUAGGCGAAGUCGGGGGAUCGGAAUUAUUUCAAACAUUUCUGAAUAGAGCAGUGUACACCUUGCUCAAAGUAGAAGAGUUUGAACUGGCUUGGGAGGAGACAAUUCGACAUUUUGCCAUCAGGGACGAUGAAUGGCUUCGAGCCUUGUAUGAGGAUCGAGAAAGAUGGGUUCCCGCCUACUUGAAAGACUCCAUUUUCAACGGAAUUUUCAGCUUCCAACCCGGCGAGUACACAACACCGUUCUUCCACGGGGUUUUACACAAUCAAAUGACAUGGAGUGAAUUUUUCAGCGCGUACGAGCUGCUUCGACAAAGAGCGAUUCAGAAGGAAUCCCUCGAUGAUUUCGAGUCACGACAGUUCAGACCCACGAUGAAGACAAGGUGCAGUUACGAGCUCCAGGCUUCCGAUUUCUACACUAAAGAUAUAUUCUUGAAGUUUCAAGAUGAGGUAGUUCUAAUGUCGAGUUGUUGCGGCGUAACGCAAGUUCAGGCGAACGGAUCCCUCAUCACGUACGUGGUGAAAGAGCGAAGCACCGAAGGAAACACACGGGAAGCGAAAAACUACGAAGUUGUGUACGACAAAGUCGGACCGGAAGUUCGCUGCAUCUGCUGCUGCUUCAACUUCAAAGGAUACUUAUGCAGGCACGCCUUGACCGUCCUCCAAUACAACGACGCGGAGGAAAUCCCUUCUCAGUAUCUCCUACAACGAUGGAGUAAAGAUGCAAAGCGCGUGUACGUUCCCGACUUCGGCUCGAACGCCAUCGACACCAGCAAUCCAGUGCAGUGGUACGAGCACCUGCACCGACUCGCCAUGCGAGUCGUGACGGAAGGGACUGUGUCGUCGGAACAUCAAAUGGCUGCUUGGCAGGCGUUCAAGGAAUCACUCAACAAGAUUUGCAGAACCUACACGUUCAGAUGCAGAUGGAUAAUUGAUGGAGAAUGUGCUAGGGGAGGGUCUGUUGGUCAAAUUGGUUAUCCUUUGCUUGGUGAAAAUCCUUGGCCUCAAUCUCCUGGGGUGGAAUUUGAUCCUACGCCGAUGUUUAUUAUUUCUGCAAUUGUUAUGCUAAUCAGCACGGAUUUGGAGCAAGUAAUGCUUGAUAGUUGGUAUAGAGAGAUCAAGGAGGAGUACAGAGGGAAGUUAAGCUACAACAAUGCUGGCUUCAAGAAGAAAAGUGAAGCCAACAGGCUGCAUGGCGCUGAUUAAAUUUAGGUUGAAAGAGAAUACGAGGUGGACGAAUAUAAAAGAAGAGGUUAACGAGGUUGCAAAGUUUGACGAAAUAUAGGGGAUUGUGGAUUGCAAAAUCAGGUUGUUUAGAGCAGUGCUCAUUGAGGCAGAGGUUAACAAGGUUGCAAUGUUUGACGAUGGUGAAUGUAGCAGCAAACUGAAGCUCAAAACAGGGGAUUCUCAAGAAAUGUUAACUUUUUUACAACUUCGAUGGAAAAUCCUGAGGUUCCUCUUGUGGCAUUUACCGGUUUCGAUCACCAUACUCCGGCCAAACUGCAGAGUCAUUUAAAUGGCUCUUCAGAGCAUGGCUAACCUACAUGGUGGCGGGAGAUGAUCUUCAAACUGCC